AUGUCUUCGUUCAUGAGCAGUCUCUCGUCUCAGAACCGUUCAAGGGCAGCACGUAUCACCUUCCCAUCAGCUGUCAUACAGCAAAAAUGGCCAGACUUUCAGGCGCUGUGCGAAAGAGUUUUUAAGGAGGGCGCUGCAUACGAGGACGUCCGGCAGGCGCUCAGGAAGGAAGACAGCGGCGACCCGUUGGUGGCAUACAUUUUGAGCAUUGUGCUCUCAUACCACCACUUUUUUACUUUCCACGAUGUGUUGCCCCACGGCUUGAAUGAGAGAGAGGGAUUUGGCUAUUGCACAUGGGCGUUUAUUCGUGGGGCGAUGACUUUAGCUCGGAUUGAAGGACGAUCCUUCGAGAUGCCAGUAGUGGGGGUAUCGGAGCGGAAAAACACAGGCCGAGUCCUACUUGCUGAGCGACAAGCUCACCCUCAUAUGGCCGAUGGGGCGGCAGUACAUGGGACGGACCAAAUCUACCUGGCAGAAGCAGCAUCCUUGAGUGCCAACAGGGAUGAGAAGCGGCACGCAGACCUGUUCAAGCUGAAAAGGGACAUGAAGGACAGCUGGAUAUCGCAGAUGAGGGAGAUCAUCACGACGACGCUGCCCCCGUCGCGACUGACUGUCUUUGGAUCGGCCUCGUAUCGACACGAGACCAGCUUCUUCGCCAUGGACUUUGCAGGAGUCUUUCGGCUGUGUCAAAUAGGAGCGAUGAUCAUCCCGACCAAACAAGCCAACUUUGCCAACAGCAUGCGGAGCUGUGUCACGGCCUGUCUCGAUUUUGUGCUGAUGAUGUCUGAGCAGUUGAAUGAGCGGCAAGCAUGUAAGACCAUCACAUACAAGGAGCGCCUGGAGCUCGAGGAGGCCUGCGAUGCUCUACCCACCACAAGCAGCACCCCGGUGAAGGAAAUCAAGAAGCGCAAGGCACAUAAACAAGGACCCAGAGAUCAGGUCAUUUGUCGAGCUUAA